AUGUCGCCCGUCACUGGCGCCAACGACGACAAGUACUCUUCCGGUCAUCUCUUUGUCCAGCAGCCCUACAGCCUGCAGAUAAUCCAGCUCACCGAGGAGCCCGCACCACCACCACGCAAGAUCUCAUCCUACUCAAGCUCGAUGGCCUCCUCGUCGUCGCAGUCGUACUGGUCAUCCUCGGCAUACACCUCUUCGGCAUGUUCGGAUGACGAUGACGAUGAAGACGAGGACGACGAGGACUGCUCUUCGUACUGCUCCUCCGACCUCCCACCGGAAGACUGCGACAUGGCGGCAGACGACGAUUCGAGACCAUCAUCCUCUGUGGCGUCGCCUGAUACCUACUCUCUGCGCAUGAAGCGCAUCCUUGCAUGGCGCGAGGACUUUUACGCCCAGAUUGGCGCUAGCUUGAGUGAAACUUCUCUUCCUUCGCUCAAGCGCAAACUCGAAGUGGACCAAGAUGAGGAGGAUAGUAUUUCGCAAUCGUCGAAACGAUCCCGGUCCGACAGCAGCAACUACAGCAGGACGAGCACGAGCGUCACUUCUCUCGGAAUGCACUCCUGUCCGGCAUGCGACGCAUUCUUUGACACCCAGCAAAGUUUGCGACAGCAUGGGCUUGAUGCAAAGGCUGACAAUGAGGCGUGCUCAGCGGCCGUGGAGUACGAGUUUGAGUAAACGACGACGCUCUGCCGAUGGUUACCGCCGCACCCCCCACCCCAACAAGAAGGCAUCCAAGUUGUUUAUUCCCAUAUCCUAUCACCGCGAUCUGGUUCUUGUUCUCCAUCCUAGACGGCAACCCUGGAUAUUAUGGAACGUCGGCCUUGGCCACCCAUCCCCCCAAGCUCGCACGCCCUGACCUCACAUCACCCCUGGCGCGAGAAAGAACGGGGGAUGGAAGAAGAAAGUAUUCUGUGACAAGUAUAAUUCAAUUACGACUCCGCGCCUACCCAAGCGACA